AUCCACCCUUACUCGAGUUUCACUUUACGACCUAGUCUGACAAACACUGCUUCCGCCAAUUCCACGUAUUUACUUGAUUAAAACAUCCUAUUUGAAUCUCAUGGAGCAGCCUAGAUGUCGGGUGAAUCAGUAGGACUUGCCCUUAUGAGAAUUAGGUUUUCUACCAACUUGUUUUAUGGAAUAUAAUUUUUAACCGAAAGGUAAAUAGUCACUUUGCAGAAAAACAGACAGACUGGCCAAUAAUUGCACACACAACACAUAGCCUAGACAGGAAUAUCAUACAGACAGAGACAGGCGAGAAACAGUGAUGUCAGUGCACCUGACUUUAAAUCCAGAUGAAGACCAUGCCGGAGGGCCUUCUAAAACCAGUGGGACUACUGCUGCAGGACCACAAACACCUGGAGCGGAACAACAGGGCCCAGAGCACAGGAGGACGGAAGAAGAGAAGUGGGAAGAGGAUGAGAAGCAAGAGAAGGAGAAGGAGAAAGCAACCAGCUCAGCUGCCUUGGAGCCUAGCACUUUGCUAUGCCUGGGAGACAGAGAGCGAGAGGGAGAGAAAGGAGGUGUAGCGUCCGAGAGCGAGGGAACUGAAGGGGAUGAGGAGGAGGAGAGGGAGGCAGAGAGGAGAGUAGGGAGUCCAGAGCUUCUGGAGGGACAGGAGAGCCAGCCAGAGAGUGAGCGAAAGGCAAAAUGGAGAGAGAGCAUGCCGGAGGGAGAGAGAUGGAGGGAUGAUGAGGUGGAGGGAGGCGAGGAAAGGGAUGGUUCGCUUGCAGAUGAUGAGGAAGAGGGGGAGGAAGGCCCAGUGAAUUGGAUGCCAGAGAAGGUUGCGCAGGUCUUCACUCCGACAGUGAUAGUGCGUCCAUCUAGCAAACGGGAGGAGUUCCCACUCGAAAAUAGCCACUAUGGGGAGAUGGACACUGAGAGUCCUUUCUUAGAGCCCCAGACACAUACAGCCCCACCAGUACACUACUACCCACAGUGGACAGAGGAUCCGGACAACCACACACAUAUGUGUGGCGGUGUUUGUGGGGAUGUUCUGAAACUUGGCCUGGGCAUUGGUGCUGCAGCUGUUCUCUUCCCUCUACUUGUGUGGGGCGGCUAUGCCCUUUUGCCCUUUGAUGCCCCGCCACUGGACAGCGCCCCUCUCAGGCUGGUGUACACACUGCGCUGCUCCUUCUUUGCUGUCAUACCCAUCAUGCUAGGUGUGCUGGUGCAGGGGGUGGCGCGUCUGCGCUACGGCUCCCUGACGCCCGUCUACGAGGCCAAGGUGGGGAAGGAGAGCAGGGAGGUGGCGGUCCACCGGAACUACGUGGGCGACUCGCUCUCCCUCUUCCUGCUCUACUUCCUGCAGCUGGCCGUCAUGGCCACCUACAUCAGCCAGGACCUGCUCAAGAUGGUGCCCCUGCUCACCAUUGUCUUUGCCUUCGGCAGGCUGAUCUACUGGGUCUGUGUGUCCCUAGGCAGCAGUGUGAGGGCUUUGGGCUUCGGCCUCUCCUUCCUGCCCAUACUGGUCAUGCUGGGUGCCAACCUCUACUUUGUGUGCUCAUCACUCAGUGAAGGGUCGGUCUUUGAUGUGGCCCCGCCCACCACCGCCCCACCUCCCAGGCAGAGGUGGUGGGGCUAGGAGGAAGAGGAGUAGAUACGAGUGGCGCAGGGGUCUCCCGAGUGGCGCAGUGGUCUAAGGCACUGCAUCGCAGUGCUAGCUGUGCCACUAGAGAUCCUGG